AGUUCAGAUUCAGUAGCGACGCAGUGCAGGAGCGCAGCGCGCGCACAUUUACUGCACUAAACCAGCCUGAAGAACAGAAUCCAGUGAGAGCACUCAAAAUUAGCCUGAAUUCUGUAUGUUAUAAUUAGCCAUUGUGUUUUUCUAAUUCACGUUGAAAUUUGUAACUUUUUGUAGAGAAAACUGAAAAGGAUUUAUGUGCUCGUGCGUCCGAGCACGCGACCGCUUCUGUCCAGCGCGUGCCUCGAUAAUGCGCCAAUCGCACUGAUGAGUCGCGCGGGGAUCCUGCAUCAGCAGCAAGCCGCUUCAACCCUGCACAUCAGCCUUCCUAAUUUAAACAUUUCAACCGCUUCCUCGCUGUUUUCAUUUUAAUUGUAUCACCAUUUGACUCUUUUCCUUUCGGUGAGGUACUCUGAAAGAGAAUGUCUUCUGCAGAUGAUGCCAACCCUGCAGGUGCUCCUGGAGCCCCAGGUGGCCCCGGAGGAACCGCUCCUCCACCCCCUCCAAACACCACCAGCAACCGCAGACUACAGCAGACGCAAGCACAAGUGGAGGAGGUGGUGGAUAUCAUGCGUGUGAAUGUGGAUAAGGUUCUGGAGCGAGACCAGAAGCUGUCUGAGCUAGACGACAGGGCAGAUGCUCUACAGGCCGGGGCUUCACAGUUCGAAAGCUGUGCUGCCAAACUCAAGAACAAAUACUGGUGGAAGAACUGCAAGAUGAUGAUUAUUAUGGGUGUCAUUGGAGUCCUCUUCGUUGGAAUCAUUUUCUUGUAUUUCUUCACUUGAGCCGAUCCACCUGCAACAAACAAGAAAAUGAACGAAGAAAACACAAUCAUGAGCUCCACCUAUUUCCCAAAUACUCCUUUCUUCAAUCAUAAGGUCUCUCCAUUUAGACAUUUUGCACCCUCGGGUGUGUUUGUGUGUAUGUAGUAUGUAGAUGUCUGCUCUUCUCCUGUAUCAGAAUGAACACGUCACAUGCUCUCCAUAUCUUUCAGUUUCUGUCUACAUCUCUCCUUUUGCCUCCCACUUGGAAUCUCCUGCAUUAUUCAAACCUUCUGCAGACAUUCAUACAUGAAUGCACAGAAAGAGCAAAGAGAGAGAGAGAGAGAGCAGAAGCAAAAACAGAUUAAGAAUAAGUGGGAGAAGCCAAGAAGGAAAAAAAUGUGGUGACACUUGUGAAGAAGACAAGGUAGGAGGAUGAAAAAGGAGAUCCAGUGCACACUACCGUUCAAAAGUUUGGGGUCUGCAAGAUUUUUUAUUUUUUGAAAGAAAUCAAUACUUUUAUUUAGCAAGGAAGCAUACAAUUGAUCAAAAGUGACAGCAAAGACAAAUAAAUGCUGUUAUUUUGAACUUUUCUAUUUCUCAAAAAAUCGUGGAAAAAUAAGAAAUAAGAAAUGUAUCUUGAGCACCAAAUCGACAUCCCGAUUUCUGAAGGAUAGUGUGGUGAGACACUGUAGACUGCAGUAAUGACGCUGAAAAUUCAACUUUGCCACCACAGGAAUAAAUUACAUUUAAGAUAUUUUAGACCUUUGAACGGUAGUG